AUGGCGCCGCUCCUGCCCGCGCGGCCGCUCCCCGCGGUUGACGGCGCCGCUCCGGGCUCGCUCUCCGGGAGCCGCGGUACUCCCGCGGCCGGGCUGUGCGUUGCUGGCGCCGGGACCGGCUCGGGCUCGGGGCCGUUCGGGGCCUUCGGUGCUGUGUCCGUGCUCUGCUCGGGUCUUUCUCUGAAGCGUGCGCUUGUGAACAGAGCACCGGCGUGCCGCUGUUACGAACGCGGCUCGACCGCUCGUGGCUUUGUUUGGGAGGAGUUGCGGCCUCCCUGCGAAAACCUAAAGCUCCGGCUGCUGCUGUGCCGGAUCCUAACGGUCCCCGUGAGCAAAGCUAGCCUCUGCGGUGCCCUUCGAACCGAGCGACGCCAGAGCAGAGGCACGUGGAAGUUUGCCCCUUCUCUUCCGGUGCCCGUGACGGAGCGCAGCGAAUACGAAAAGAGGCAGUGCUGGAAGAAUUGCCGAAGGAGAGGGUACGAGCUCAAAGCUGCCUCGGGUUCCGGUGCUGAAGCGAAGCGGGUGCCCCGGUUCAAGGCUCUACCUCUGCCUUCCUUUGACCGUCUGAGGGCGCCAGAGAAGGUCGAAACCCACGCUCGGCCCGAGCCGUUCCGUCUGCGCGUGGAUGAACGGAGAGCGCUUGCCACCGUACGGAGCUGCAAACAGCAGAUGGGAGGAGAAGGCUUCGACGGGGCUCGGAAAGGCAGGAGGGUUGAAAAGCUCAUCCCGUCACGGUGGCGUUGCCGGGAGCUUUCUGUCCUUCGAAAGGAAACGAAGCUGUUUUCAGCCAGGGUUCUGGAGACUCGGCUGAUGGGCACCGAGAGCCAGUCAGAUGGUGGCGAGAGCGGUGGGAAAAGGAAGAAGCUGCUCCUCCGAGGAGACGAGCGACGGAUGGUGUCCGGGUUCGAAGCUCUGCCUUCGUCUGACCGUGUGAAGCUGCCGGAGGAGGUCAGAAGCCCAACUCAGCCCGAGCUGUUCCUUCUGCGGGUGGAUGAACGGGAUGCUGCUGCCCUCCAGAGCUGAACGCGGCCG